CAAAUCUAUUAUACUAUCUUCCGAUAAUCUGUACGAUUGAUAGUAAUGCAAUAAACGUUAAUACGACAUCGUUUAUACGUAUAUGAAAAUGUUAUACUCUAAGUAGUAUAACUGUAUCUAUGGUCUUCCCCAUUUAAUGAAAGUAGUCUGUGUAUCAGAUGUGAGGCUAUAGUCAGACACAGUAGAUCAUACACAUCAUUGGUACGACUACAAGUCAUUCUUACGUAUAAUGUAUAUCACGUGAUAUGGAAAACAGCUGGGCUAGCUUUACCGCUCGUAAUACAUCAAAACUUUGCUCUCAGAUCGUCGGCUUGUCCAAACGAGUUAUGCUCGAAAUUUUAAUACGACAAACGAAUCGUGAAGAGAAUAAAAUUCUAAUGCACGUAAAUAAAUGUCUUGGGACAAAGUUCGAUUAUUAAUAAAUACAUGUUAAGAAUGAACGUACGUUCGAAAAAGCUCAGUCUUUGUGUGAUUCUUUUAUUAUUAGGCGUAAUAUAUUUCUUUUCGAGGAGAUCUUCCAUUCUAGACUCGAAUAAUAAGGAUGUAGUCUCUCUUAGAUUAUUGCUCGUUGCUGCUAUAAAGGCGGCUGAGUUGGGUGGAUAUGAAGUCGUUGCCGUACACGAUCAAACUAGCUUUAACAUUGAGAGUAAAGGGAAAACUAAAGAAGGUGAAAAUGAUCCAGUAACGGCUGCAGAUUAUAGGUCGCACUGUGCUAUGUAUAAUUCUUUGAAAGAUGCAUUUCCAGGCGUUACUGUGAUAUCCGAAGAAGCAUCAAAAGACUGUGAUAAAGUAGUUGUGCCUGAUCUUAGGAAUUCUUUUAGCAACCUAAAAGAAUAUGAUAUCGGGGAUGACUUUGAAAAUAUUGAAGAUAUCACUAUUUGGAUCGAUCCUUUGGAUGCUACAAAAGAAUUUACAGAAAAUUUAUUACAAUUUGUAACGACUAUGGUCUGCAUUGCCGUAAAAGGGAAACCUAUAAUAGGUGUUAUUUAUAAACCAUUUGAAACAAAGAAAGACCGCAAUUUAUAUUGGACUUGGACCGAUCACGGAGCGUCACAAAAUUUGUAUAAUUUACCAAAGCAUGAAAAUAAGUUGCCAAUUUUAAUUGUAUCGCGGUCACAUGCUGGACAAGUUAAUAAUGCUUCCAAAACUGCUUUUGGUAGAAAUGUUCAAAUUGUUUCUGCUGCAGGUGCAGGUUACAAAUUCCUAGAGGUAGCGGUUGGAAAUGCAACUGCAUAUGUUCAUAUGACUGCUAUCAAAAAGUGGGAUAUAUGUUCUGGUACAGCCAUUAUCAGUGCUCUCGGUGGAAGGACUACAUCAUUAUUUGAUGGACAUUUAAUUAAUUUUGAUUCUACUGACACUAAAGUGCUAACAUCGGGUCUUUUAGCUACCAUGACUGAUCAUAAUUGGUAUUUAGAUAAAUUUUCAAAUAUACAGCUAAGAUCUUUUAUUUCAUCUCGAUGAUUUUUUUCAUUAAAAUCUAGUCAUAAUUUCGUGUAUCAAUAAGAUAAUUCGAUUACUAUUUUUACCCUUUCUGCAACAGCUAUUUUAAUAAUAACGAAAAAAUAUUCUUUGAUGUAUAUUGUAAAUACAAGAUUUAUACAUACAUACAUACGUACAUACAUACAUACAUAUAUAUAUAUAUCAACAUA